AUGGCCGCUCCAACGGCGCCGAGCACGCCUCGGCACGACUUCUACCAGACGGACACGGUGCUGACGCUGAGCAUCUACAUCAAGGGCCUCAGCCCGUCCGACGUCAGCCUCAGCCUCGCGCCCACCUCUAUGACAUUCGACGUCCCGAGCCGGGCACAGCGGCUCGUCGUCGAGCACCUGCGCGACGCCAUUCGCCCCGACGAGAGCAGCUUCAAGGUCCUCGCGACCAAGGUCGACGUCACGCUCGUCAAGGCCCAGCCUGCGCGCUGGGACGCACUCGAGGCGAGCCCUGGUUCUAAUCCUGUCGCUGCUGCCUCCGUCUCGUCGUCUGCAGCCAGCGGUGUGUCGACGGCACCGAGCGACGGUGGCAGCCUAGACGCACGCAAGAGGAGCACACGCAACAAAUGGGACACGCUCGACGUCGACGAAAACGGCCCAGGCCAGGGCGGCGAAGAGAAUGGAAACGGCGAACUGCAAGACUUUUUCCAGAAGCUCUAUGCCGACGCCGACGACGACACGCGCCGGGCGAUGAUGAAGUCGUACCAGGAGAGCGGCGGCACCCAUCUCUCGACGAACUGGGGCGAGGUCAGCAAGGCGCGCGUGGAGACGAAGCCGCCCGACGGCAUGGAGGCGCGAAAGUGGUAGGCAGUCAUCCAUCCAUCCAGUCACGCUUGUACAAAUAGGCAUUACAGAAGAAGGAGAAAGAGAAAGAGAGAGAGAGAAGCGAAU